GUGGAAAUAGGGGAAGGGGUCAGAUUUAUCCUGAUGGUAGCAAAAGUAACAAUACAGUUUAUAAUGCUACGGCAGGAGGGAUAAUAAGCAAAAUUUUACGAAAAGAAAAAGGGGGAUACGAAAUAACCAUAGUAGAUGCAUCGAAUGAACGCCAAGUAAUUGAUAUUAUCCCUCGAGGCCUAGAACUUCUUGUUUCAGAGGGCGAAUCCAUUAAACUCGAUCAACCAUUAACGAGUAAUCCUAAUGUGGGUGGAUUUGGUCAAGGGGAUGCGGAAAUA